UUAAAUCUCACUGGAAAACUCGCGCAUUUAGUUAUUGUACAUUCUCCUGAUCCCCCGUCCCCGCCUGCUUGUUGCGCUUGUGUAGAUACUUCUUUUGCAUGUUGACGACAAGCAAAGGAACGUUUUUACACGCAGAACAACAACGCACGCCCCGCGACCCUCGCGACGCAGCCAGUGCAACACAUUGAGAUGCAAAACUACGGCGUUGGAGCCGCAGCCGCGACAGCAGCAGCAGCUCCAGCCGUCAAACGCCGUACGGACAGCUAUGAGGCUGCACAGCAUCACCCCCAAUCGCCUGAGAGCGAUGAGGACUACGUGAACACCAGGACACUGCAUCGACAGGCCCACCUCCAGUCCACACCAGUGGCCCCCGUUGUACCAAUGCCUGCUGUGCCUAUCGCUGCUGAUGGUGGUCCCAUUUCUGUAGAGGGUCAUGUGGAGCAGCCAGAGUUCUCGGGACCCACCUCGUCCGCCUCCUCCUACCACGAGGAGCGCAUGCGACGUAAGCUGCAGUUUUACUUCAUGAAUCCCAUUGAAAAGUGGCAGGCGAGGCGCAAGUUCCCCUACAAGUUCGUCGUGCAGAUUGUAAAGAUCUUUCUGGUGACGAUGCAGCUGUGCCUUUUUGCCCACUCGCGGUAUAAUCACAUUAACUAUACGGGUGAUAACCGAUUUGCCUUCUCGCAUCUGUUUCUGAGAGGCUGGGACUCAUCGCGUGAGGUGGAGAGCUAUCCGCCUGCGGUCGGUCCCUUUGCCUUGUAUUUGAAAUCGGAAUUCUAUGCCACAGUGCAGUACGCAGUCGACGGCUAUGCCAAUGUGAGCCGAUCGAUUGGACCGUACGACUAUCCCACGCAUAACAAUACGAUGCCCGCGCUCAAGCUUUGCCUACAGAACUAUAGAGAGGGUACCAUAUUUGGGUUCAACGAAUCCUACAUCUUCGAUCCCCAUAUCGAUGAGGUAUGCGAAUCGCUGCCACCGAACGUGACCAGCAUCGGAGUGGAGAACUAUCUUAAGCAGCGCGGAGUGGAGGUCAAUUUCGCAUCUCUGGUUUCGGCACAGCUGACGUUUAAGAUCAAGACUGUGAACUUCAAGGCGAAUGGUGGACCCUUGUCGGCUCCAGACUGCUUUAGAUUCGACAUAGCCAUCCUGUUCAACAAUCGAGACCAUGAUGGCCAGAUGUUGUUGUCACUGGAUGCCGAGGCCACGCGAUUGAAGUGCCAUGGAGCAACGGAUUUCAUUUCGGAGGCGAACUUUGACUCCAUGUUGAGGAGUGUGCUCAAUAUAUUUGUCCUUUUAACCUGCGCCUUAUCCUUUGCCCUGUGCACGCGAGCCCUGUGGAGGGCAUACCUGCUGAGAUGCACGACAGUUAACUUUUUCCGGUCGCAUUUUGGCAAGGAAUUGAGCUUCGACGGCCGCCUGGAGUUUGUCAACUUUUGGUACAUCAUGAUUAUUUUCAAUGAUAUCCUGCUGAUCAUUGGCUCUGCGCUUAAAGAGCAGAUAGAAGGGCGCUACUUGGUUGUGGACCAAUGGGAUACCUGUUCCCUGUUCCUGGGCAUCGGAAACCUGCUUGUGUGGUUUGGAGUGCUGCGGUAUCUGGGAUUCUUCAAGACCUACAAUGUGGUGAUACUCACUUUGAAAAAAGCUGCCCCAAAGAUUCUGCGAUUCCUGAUCGCCGCCCUCUUGAUCUAUGCUGGAUUUGUGUUCUGCGGCUGGCUGAUUCUGGGCCCCUACCACAUGAAGUUCCGCUCGCUGGCCACCACCUCAGAGUGUCUCUUUGCGUUGAUCAAUGGCGACGAUAUGUUUGCCACCUUCGCCACCCUGUCGAGCAAGGCCACCUGGUUGUGGUGGUUCUGUCAGAUUUAUCUGUAUUCCUUUAUAUCGCUCUACAUUUAUGUGGUGCUGUCGCUGUUCAUUGCCGUCAUUAUGGAUGCCUACGAUACGAUUAAGGCGUAUUACAAGGAUGGCUUCCCAACCACCGAUCUCAAGGCAUUUGUUGGUACCCGCACCGCCGAGGACAUCAGCUCAGGCGUCUUCAUGACCGAUCUGGAUGACUUUGACCAGACGAGCUUUGUGGAUAUUGUGAGGAGCAUUUGUUGCUGCGGCUGCUGCAGGCGCGAGCAGGAGCCCGAGGAGGAGCCCAGGCCACUGAGACACGCUGCCGCCAACGAGCUGAAGCUCGUGGAGGUGCCAACGCCAAAGACCGAGGCUGAGGAGCAGCAGCGCAAGGAGUUUAUCGACUCGUUGCCACAAAUCGAACAACACGGGGCAGGGGAGACCGAAACGGAUGCCCAACGACUCUCAGCGGACUGCAAAAGGGAGUAUUAUCAGUCGCUGAAGAAGUAUCUGCUGCAGAGCAGCCAGGACAAGCCGCCAAUACCGCUCCAGACCUAUCGCUGGGAGGACCUUCGAAGAGCCAGAGAGCGGGGUGGUUAUCCGUGGACGCAUCUGUACAAGCGUCCCCUGGGACCCGACGAGCAGCCGGAGAUUGUGCUGCUCCUGCGCAAGUCCCAGGAGCUGCGAUUCAAGUCCGAAUCGCCCAAGUCCCUAAAGAAAGUGCGCUACGACGAGCAGGUGCUGGUCAAGGAGACCGAGCGCUACAUUCAGGACCUCUCCGAGGACGAGGCACUUGCCCACACCUCCGAGGACAGCAGCGAGGAGUCCGACUCGGAGACCGAGUCAGAGCAGGGCACCCACAACGAGGACACCCUCAGCGAGUGCAUCUCCUGUGUGUCCGACUCUGUGCUCGCCGUUGGAGGCCACAACAAGCCGCGCAAGACCAGUCGCCUGGCCCACAUCCGCGACAUAAUCCGUCGCAGGCGCAGCGGACGCACCCACGAGGACGCCCAGUCGCUGCCAGGCACAUCGGCAAAUCCUAGUCGGCAGAACAGCGUCCACGAGCUAGCCCCACCGCCGGGCUCUCUGGUUCCAAAUACACAGAAACCCCCGAAGAGCACACCGGCCAAGCCCAAGCAGAGCUUCGACAUCAUGAAGAAGCUGAAAAGUUUGGCCGAGAGGCAGAAGAAGCGUCUGAACAUCAAGCGCAUCACCCUGAAGAAGGACGAGAAGAUAGUCCUGGGCGAGCAGCAGAAGAUCAUGAAGCUGAAGGCCUCGCCCAAGUCGGACCGCGGCGAGAUUCCUCACUUUAUCGAGAAGCAGGACUCGGAUGACAUCCUCGAGCUGGUCGAGUACGAUGAGUCGCCCUGUCGCAAGCGCAACAAGGAGGAGCUCGAGCAGGAGCAGCGCGAGGAUUUACCCAGCACCAGUGGGGUAGCAGCGAGUGUCCCCCAGCCGGAGGAGAUCAUUGAGUUGCCCGUGGCAAAGACUUUGACCGAUGCCCCCGCCCUGGAGAUCACAGAGCCGCAGGAGGAGAAAGUGGAAGAUGGCACAACCGAAGGCGAUGGAACAGAGUCGCCGCCCAAGAAGACUCCACGUCUCCGUCGCGAGCAUGUCUAUGAGGAGAUUGGACACCAGAAACCCGAGCUGGUGGAUCAGCCCAUCAUUGAGUUGGACGCCCUCAAAAAGUCGCUGACCCGUCAGGAUCAUAUGGCCAUCGAUGACAUUGAGGCCGCCAAGGCGGUGCCCCUGGAUCGCAUGGGCAGCAGUGAAGAGGAGCAGGUGGCCGGUGCCGGCAAGUCCGGAGCCCUCCUGGCUCCAAUCUCGUCCAUAGACUCAACCUCGUCGGACGAGGAGCGUGCCCGCCUGGCGCAGCUGUCGCCCGUGGCCGAGGAGAGUGACGCAGAGCCAGUGGAAGCCGCUGAUCUGCGUCCCGCGCUCAAGAAGGAAGCCUCGCCAGCGCCCUCGGACAAGAAGGUUACCUUCUCGCACGUCGAAGACGAGGCCGAGCCACAUCGCGAGGACAUCGAGCUGCCCGAAGAAGUGCUAGAGGCAGCCACCAAUGCGGCCAGAUGGAGGAACGAGAGUGAUCAUGAAUAUGAGCCCGUGGGCGUGUCGCCGGCACAUGAAGCCUCGCCAGUGCCAGCGCUGGUGCCCGCCCACGCCCACACCGAGCUGCAGGUGCCCAUGGACAUCGAUGCACAUGUGGAUAGCUCGGCAGGAACAACGCCCCGAACCGAAUCUCGCACCGACUACGAAAUACACACCAGCCAGGUGGACUCCAGCGCCCUCGAGGAGCUGCCACUGCAGCCGGAGAACCGCAAGAAGAGCUUCAUGGCCAGCGCCCAGGAUCGCACCAAGAAGAUGCAGGACGGUCUGCGCCAGCAGGCGGGAAAGCUGCGCACCAAGCUACGCAGCAGCCAGCAGGCCAAGCCCAAGCCCAUAUCGGGCAGCCCCAAGGCCAAGGCUAAGGAGCGGAGACGCUUCAAGGCGCCCGAAUUCUCAAAGAUGAAAAUGCCCGAGAUCAAGCGGCCCGACAUGUCCAAGUUCAGGGACAUCAAGCGACCAGAAUUCACGAAAUUCAACAAGCCAGACAUGUCCAAGUUCAAGCUGCCGGAGAAGUUCUCGACCCUCAAGCUGCGACGCAGCAAAAGCUUCAAGGAAAACGAAAGCGAACUCACGUCCGAGGAGCCGCAGGGCACCAGUGGAGAAGCAGCAGGAGGAGGAGCGGAGGCUGCUGCCCAGCCAGCGACCAAAAAGAAAUUCGAGUUCAACUUUGGCACCUAUCCGCGUGCCUUCCGCAAGAAGAAGCCCACAGAGGAGCCGCCACCGCCUCCCGCUUUGGAGUCUUCGCUGGGCACAGAGCGACUCAGUCUCAGCGUGAUUCCCAGCACCGAGACGCAGCCAUCACAGACAUCCACGAGCUCGCCGCAAGGUGAUCGUGGACCUGGUCCGGUGCGUUCCCGCUGGGCGGAUAAGUUCUCGGAUGUGAGCUACAACGACAGUGAGGGAUCGCGGUACAGGCGCUACGGCAGUGAGCUGGAGAGCUUCGAUCGCGAGUCCUCGCUGGAGCGACGCAUGAAGGAGGACCUGGAGGCCGAGGACACGGCAAGCGAGGCCCAGCAGCCACAGACAAUGGGAAUUCUGGGCGUGGUGGCCGACAGCAAGCAGUUUGCAGAGUUCGAUGAGGAGAAUCGGGCCAUCCACGAGAUCUCCAGCAAGCGAACGCGCGAAUUCAAGCGCCGCCCGAUGGUGCAUCAGGACUCUGACUUGCGCUCGGAGGACAGUCGCGAUGCCGAGGGCUGGACGGAGAAGGACAUACAGAAGAACAAGCUGCUGCGCAAGGCAGAGCUGGAGGCGGAGGCUGGCUACCACAAGUACUACGAUAGCCAUUCCACGGCCAGCUCGGGCAAGAAGGUCGUAAUGGAGCCCAUCGACGACGAUGAGUUCUUCCUGCGCAAGCGCGGCAUCUCAGAGGACAACAUCCAGCUGCGGCAGUACAUCAGCGCGGCCAUUCGUGAGGGCUACGACAUGCCCAAUGCCCUGCAGCAUGUGGGCUACUCCGCAGAUCCUGUCCCGGGCGAAUAUGGAGACUUUGAGGCACCGCCAGCCAAGCCGCGUCGCCUGCAUCGCCACUAUCGCCCGGACAUUGACGACUCGCAGGAGUUUCAGCGCAGCGACUACGGCGACGAUCUGUCCAUGUCCCAGAAUGGCAGCGAAUUUACCCCGAAGCGACCUCUGCGCAAGGCUCGCAGCCGCAGCAAGCAGUCCGUGGAUGGCAGCCAGGAGAUACACAUGGGCGAUGGGGCCAGCAGCAGCAUUCAGUACUUUGACGACGAUGAGGAGUAUUUGAGGCCUCCCACGCGGGAGCAGCAGCAAGCGAAGGAUGAAGCGGCAACGGAAAAGGUGGUCCAACCACUCGCCCCGAGGCGCCACAAGAAACGCACACGCGACGAUGCAUCCGUUGAGAAGGAUGCAGACUCGUUCUUUAAUGGCUUUGGUGGUAGAUCAGUAUCGAAUACCUUUUUGCAGCCACACGAAGAUGUAAUUGUUUAUCGCACUGAGCACGAAUAUCGUCACAUACCGCUAGCCACUCCUGACAACUUCACGGAUGGCGCGUCCGUGCGUACACCCCGCUCCGAGGACGAUCGCACCUCACGCGGUGCCGACUCCCUGGUGCUGGACAUGAAGAUAAAGCCCGAGAUGGGAGAGGACAACGAGCAGGGAGCUGCCAGAACCAAGAGCGAUGAGAGGUUCGUCAUCGACAUGCUGGAGAGCGACGGCUAUGCGGUGGUGCGCAAGGAGACCCUGCCCAAGCCCACGCCCCCGGCACGCCGCAAGAAGUUCACCCGAUCGCCCGGCGAGCGAUUUGCAACGUUGCCCAGUAUACGCGGCUCCCGAGGCUCACCUCCGCCGGCACGGCCACCGCCGCCACAGCAGUAUAUACCCACAGAGGACUCGCCGCUGGUGCCGCGCCGCAGAUCGGCGGCCAGCCUGGACGAGAUCCCACAGAUGUUGAUCAAGUCGAACUACGAGAGUCAGCCACAGAGGCAGCCCCAGAAGCAGCAAGAGGAGGAGGACGACUACGAGGAGCCCGGAGCCCUUGAGCGACCCGAAUCACCACGCUCCAAUCUGCAGUCCGGCGAGGUCAUCAACAAAAUGAAGUUCCGACCACUGCCGGCACCACCGCGUCCACCGCGCGAGAAGCGCUCAACGCGUGCCGGCAGCAAUGCACUCGACAGCUACGAGGACAGCGAACAGGUGGCCAGCUCCAGCCAGGCGGACAGCUACGACCAGCAGGGUGAGUUCGAGGUGGAAGUGUCCACCCAGACGGACCCACUGCCCGACGACUUUGUGUGCGAGGAGUUCGAAAUCACCGAAGACAUGAAGAUCAUUGAGCCGCGGCGAGCCAACGGAUCGGCAGCCAAGACCCUUGAGGAUCUGCUGCGCAGCGUCGAGACGCAGCAGGAUGAGGUAGACGGCGUCCGAGUGCUAACAGAGGACGAGCAGCUGGCCAAGGGUCUGCAACGUUUUAGGGAUGCCAACCAGCGGAGCAUGUCGGAGCGCUCUCGGGCCUCCUCUCAGGCGGACCGUUCCAAGUCGCUGAGUCGCCCGCAGACGCCAUCCUCGGCGGUGGUCAUCGAGCGACGCGUCCCCACGCCCAGUCUGGUGGCUGGCGAGGAGCAGGAUGCCACUGUGCUGGCCUCGCUGAUAGUGCGACCCAUCAGUGCCGCCGAUCUGGCGGAUGAUGAGCUGCGGCGCGAGGAGGAGGAGCUGCGCCGGGAGGGUCUGCUCUCGGACAGCUCGGUGCAGAGCAAGUCCGAUGUGGAGGAAGAGGAGCACGGAGAGGUGGCCUUGAGCGACUAUGCUGCCAGCUCAGCGGAUCUGGAUGCGGCUGUCGAGCAGCUGCAGCAGGUCCAGCUGGAAAGCGACUACGAGAGCCGGCUGGAGGACGACGAGGUGGAGCGCACGCUCAGGGACAGUGAGUACUCGGAUCAGUAUGACGAGGAGGUAGAGGAGGAUGAAGAGACACGGCUGGAGAGGGAGCUCACAGAGCAGGAGCUGGACGAGGCGCUCGAGAAGGAACUGCAGGAGGCCAUGGAAAAGGAACUCUCUGACUACAGGCAAAAGGAGAAGGACACGCUGUCAGAGGAGGAGGAGGAGCACGCUCCCUCCGAGAUCGAGUAUCGCCACUCCGAAGACGAGGAGAAGCUACAAUCUGGGUCAGACACUAGGGAGGCCGUGGAGAAACCCAUUCGUAAAGUUACCGCCAGCGAACCCACCGAGGCCGAAGUUACGCCCAAAUUUGUGGCCACUCUGCCCACAGAACCCGCCUACGGCCACGACGAGCUGGAUGAGGAAGACGUGCCCCUGCCACCACCACGUCGCAAGUCCACCACAACCCUCGAGCCCACCGCAGCAGCCACAACUCUGACCAUUGCCGAGCAAUCCGCCCGAGAGCUAACACCAGUGCAGUCCCUGCAAUCCCCGCCUGAGCCACAGCUGCCCACUCGCUUGGCCGAGCUCGAGGUGGAGCGACUGCGUGUCCAUGCCCUGCAAGCAGGCCAGAUCCAAGUCUCGCAGCUGCACGGCAGCCACAUCACAGCCGACGAUCUGGAGUGCAAGUCCGGCCAAUUGGUUGUCCAGAACAUUGAACUCCCGCCCGGAUUCAUCGACAACAUUGUAGAGCGCGUGCGAGAGCAGCGGCCCUCGCUGCUAACCACCGAAACACAGACCAGCCGCCAGGCCAGCAGUGAGCCAGCCACAUCGGAUGUGGAGCAGCCCGUCAAACCGCCGCGCCACAGCAAGGCCACCGAGCAGUCGCCUCCGAACUUGGACGAACAGACCCAGACAGAAGUGGGACUAAUGCCGCUGCCACCGCCACCAGCUGCGUAUCCCAGUGUCGAGUAUUUGCAGUCGCUGGCACCCUUGGCCUUCUACAAUCUGCAACGCAGCGCUGAGGCCGAACAGGCCGAGGCUGCUGGCUCCACAGAGCGCAAGGCACCACACAAGUGCAGGCGUCGCCAUGUCCAGGAACAGGCCGAACCCGAGUCGGGCUCUGACCUGGAGGAACAGCUGGUGGAGAGACCACGUUCGCGUUCAUCGCGUCGUUCGCGCACAAGGAGCGCCACUCAGCCGCUGGAGGAGUACGACGAGGAUCAGCCACGCACUGUGGUGCAGGCGGGACGGCAGUUCAUAUCCGCCUGUAGCCUGGAGCUGGUGAACAUCAUAAACCAGCUGACGCACUACGUGCGUGGGGAGGCCAUGGAGCCACAGCAGGUGCAACAGUCGCGGCACAUAUCCGCCCUCAUGGUGCUCUUCAUUCUGAUCACGUUCGGAGUGCUGGUCUUUCUGCUGACCGGGCGACAGGUGCACACACAUCACUGGGACUACUUUAAUCCGCCCGGGAACGAGGGCAGACAGACGUGAGGGCAGUGGAGAUUGAUCCCAUCAAACGUGGGCUUGUCACGAACUAUCCUUGGGGGAAAGUGGGGCGGGUUUUUGUUGCAUUUUGCAUUUUGGAGCAGAGAAUUUUUUGCUAAAUGGGUGAAAAACCAACGAAUUUAAACGCGGCCAUGAGCCCGCUCGAAACUAGAAGGCCUUAAUGAUAUACAUACUAACAACAACAACAAAAGAAAGAGAGAGAACUAGCAACUACUUUAGGAGAGAGGUGCGACAAUGGGGAGGGAGGCCCUCGUGCUACUACUAGUCACAGAAUCAGAAUCGAAUCCAAACCCGGAAUCCCAGUUCAACAGACACUGCAUAAACCAAACAACCAUGUAUCUUGUACUAACUAUAAAGAACUACUACUAUCUUAUGAAGGGAAACUAUAAUUUUUCAUCAUUCUCUACCAGUGCGGCCGAAGAACAACAAGAACAUAAACAGAAACCGAAGAACAAACCCAACAGAAGCAACGAUUAUGUAUUAGUUAUGUACUUAACACAUGCUAUGUAUGUACAUAGACAUUUUUAGGUGGCUGCCCUUAACUAUGUAUUGGUAGGGAGCCCAAG